GUUUUACAGGAAUAGAACAGCUGUAAUCGAGUCGCUCGUCAUAGGUCCAGCGGUGAGGGGGACAAGCGGCAGACAGCGUGCAGCCGCAGUAGUCAUGAAUACAGAAGCCUAGACGGCUUCGAUCCAUGAUCAACAUUACUGGGAUUCUUUCCAUAUUGCGUGACUCGGAUCCAAGUCUCGCGGAAUUGUAUUUUAUCUUCAAAUCGAGGAAGUGAAUUUUGAAUUUGUAUUACCAGGAUAAGAAACGGAGGGAGGAGCUGUGGGGUAGCCUACGCUAAUGAUGAACAGGUUUAGAAAGUGGCUGUACAAGCCGAAGCGCUCAGACCCCCAGCUCCUGGCCCAGUUCUACUAUGCCGACGAGGAGCUGAACCAGGUGGCAUCUGAGCUGGACAGCCUGGAUGGCAGGAAGGAUCCGCAGCGCUGCACCUUGCUGGUCAACCAGUUCCGCUCCUGCCAGGACAAUGUGCUGAGCAUUAUUAAUCAGAUAAUGGAUGAAUGUAUCCCUGAGGACCGAGCCAACAGAGACUUCUGUGUGAAGUUCCCUGAGGAGGUCAGGCACGAUAACCUGGCAGGACAGCUGUGGUUCGGGGCUGAGUGCCUGGCCGCUGGCUCCAUCAUCAUGAACCGGGAGGUGGAGAGUGUGGCAAUGCGGCCACUGGCCAAGGACCUGACCCGCAGCCUGGAGGAGGUGCGCAGUGUCACCCGCGACCAGGCACUCCGCGACCUCAACGUCUACAGCGACCGCAUGUGCCAGGCCCUGCGCCACUUCGACAGCCUCUUCGCUGAGUUUGAGCUCAGCUAUGUGUCAGCCAUGGUGCCAGUGAAGUCCCCCAGGGAGUAUUACGUGCAGCAGGAGGUGAUCGUUCUCUUUUGUGAGACAGUGGAGAGGGCACUGAAGCUGGGCUACCUCACACAAGACAUGAUUGACGAUUAUGAGCCAGCUCUGAUGUUCACAAUCCCUAGACUGGCCAUCGUUUGUGGUCUGGUGGUGUACUCAGAAGGGCCUAUCAACCUGGACCGCAAGCCAGAGGACAUGUCUGAGCUAUUCCGGCCAUUUCGGACCCUGCUGAAGAAGAUCAGGGACCUGCUGCAGACACUGACGGAGGAGGAGCUCCAAACACUGGAGCGUAGCCUGUGUGUCUCCCAGGAUGAGGAGGAGGAGGCAGCCCCUGUCAUCCCCUCGGCCCCACUGCUCAGUCCGUCUAUCACCAAUCUCCCCCAGUACCAGGAGCGGGAGGAGGAGCCGACUGGCAGCCCCGCCCACCGGGAGCAGGGCAGGGAGGAGUGGUUGAGUGCAGUACUGGGGGAAGAUGCGGAGGUGGAGCUGGCCUGCUCCAUGCAGUAUGACGAGGAGGAGCUGCAGCAGCUUAGUCUGCUGGUGCACCGCGCCGGCGACCACAUGUCCAGCCUGCUGUCACCUGCCCACUCCAGCACCGAUGCCUCCCCCCGCCGGCCACCACCACAGGAGGAUGAGGACAGGGAGGAGGAGCGGGUCUUCUUCAUGGAGGAUGUGGACCCAGCUGGGGAGCUCCAGGGGGAGUCCCAGCAGCCACAGCGAGCCCCUAUGGCACCCCUCCAAUUUAGCCUGGAGUCGGAGGCGCCCCACCCCGCUCCGGUCCACAAUGGCUGGGGGCGGUGCUGUGUAGUGGAGGCGGCCCUUCAGCGCAGCAAGAACUACCACUGUACUGAGACCAAGGCCCCGGCACCAGGCCCCUCAGAGUCCUCUGCACAGUUAAGUGCCUGGGACGCAGGUGCGGGUCGGGUGGAGACAGCAGAGCUGAUUGCCCACCGCACUGGCGGCAUGAAGCUGUCAGCCACUGUCAUCUUCAACCCGCGCUCCCCAGCAGCGCCUGCUGCCCCACCCCACGACGUCGAGCCCUGCCCCGCCAAGUUGGGUGGACUGGUGGCACCACACCGCCUGCUCCACUCCUGUGUCUGCUGUGGCAGCUGCGACGACCCUGCUGAUCCUGCACCCACCUCGCCCCACCCCGUCACCUGUGCCACCGACUGCCUGGUGCCUGGGAAUGACCUGUCAGGGAAGGAAGGCAGCCCUGCCCAUUCACCCUGGGCAGGGGAAGGCCCUGCCCCCAACUGCGAGAAGUGCCUGACCCUGGGGCAAUGCUCACCUGCAGACCGCAGCCCACAGGGCAGGGACCUGGAGUCCUGCGGUCACCUGAGGCGGGGUGAGAGGGCGUGGUUGGACACAAAGACGGGACCAGACACAAGGGCGGGGUCAGGCAUGAAGGUUGGCUCAGAAGGAGUCGAAAGGGAGGAGGAAGAGGUCAGCAGCACCAAUCCCAGGUCCCGAUCCAGUUCUCCGGACUCGAGGCUCAGCUGUGUGUCCAGCAGUGACUGCGAAAGUGUUUCUGUCACAACAUGUAGUCUGUCCAGCAGCCACACAGCCAGUCCGAUCAGCAGCCUGACUACCACCUCUGGUACCUCAGAAACCCCAGAUCGCCACAAAGUCCAGAUGGCCCUGCAGACUGCCAAAAUGGCCGCCCGUGACAAGAUCCGCUCUCGCUUCCACAGCAGCAGCGACCUCAUCCACCGCCUUUUCGUCUGCAUUUCAGGUGUUGCUGACCAGUUGCAGACCAACUAUGCCAGCGACCUGCGCAGCAUCCUCAAGACACUGUUUGAAGUCAUGGCAACCAAGCCAGAGAUGGAGGACCAGAAUAAGCAGAAGAAAGGCCUGCGCUGUGCAGCUCUGGAGGACUGUGCCUUGUGUCAGGAGACGGUCACCACCUCAGAACUGGCAGCCAAGGCCCGGGAAGGUCAGUUUGAAGAUCUCCCAGACUGGGUGCCUGACGAGGCCUGCAGCUUCUGCACUUCCUGUAAGGCCCCUUUCACUGUCAUCCGCAGGAAACACCACUGCAGGAGCUGCGGCAAGAUCUUCUGCUCACGUUGUUCCUCCCACUCAGCGCCCCUGCCACGCUACGGCCAGGUGAAGCCGGUGCGCGUGUGCACACACUGCUACAUGUUCCACGUCACACCUUUCUACAGUGACAGGACUGGCGUCUGACCCCACUGUGGGAUAUGCUGCCACUGGAUGCCUCCUCAUUUACCCAGCUCACCACCACCCCCUACUCCAUUACCCACCUCACCACCUCUCAUACAUCCCUUACCUAAACAUACAACCCCUAAUCUACCUUAGACCCCCCCAUCUCCACCCACAAUCUACAAACUCCCCAAGACCUCCUACCCCCACACACAAUCCCCAAUCUCCCCUAGACCUCCACUUUUACCCACAAUCCCCAAUCUCUCCUAGUCCCCUCACCUCUUCCCACAAACUUCAGCUUUUCCUGAAUCCUCCAUUAUCCCCUACCACCUAUGGCUGCCUCCAGUUAAAAGUCUUAUGACUAUACCACCAUGGCUGCGCUGUAACAGUGACAAUUACCUAUGCACUACAGUGGGUAUGGACAAAGACAAUACAGUGAAAUACAACGUGCAUUUCCUCUCCUGUUGUCUCUUACAUUUGCUAAGCUGCUAAAAGGAAACCACUGGAUCCUCUCUGGCCUGCUGUCUGCAGGACCAUCCCAAUACAACCUCCCCCUCAUGUACCAGCCAUGGCUGCACUAUGGACGAAACCGGGCUGUGAUCGCUCCAGUCGUAAGUCUUUUAAAAUGUCCAACCUCUCCAAUGGCACAGCCUCAGCCUGGCUCCAACCCUGUGACCAUGCUCCACAUUUUGGUUCAGCUGAACGCCCUGCAAUGCAGGCGGGGAGCAUGCUGGAUACAGACCUGCUCGAUGCAACCGGGGAGCACAUUUGAUGGUCCCAGUCAUGGCUACCCAAAGCAAAAACUGCAGAGAUGAGUGGAAGCAGACAGAAGUGCUUGUUUUUCCGUGCGGCAUCACCAUGGGUGCUUUGUGAGUCAAAGUGUUCUCCCGCCACACAGCUCUCAAACAUCAAUGAAUGUGCAAUCCUUUUCUUUCGUUUACGAUUUGUAUUCAACACGCACAGAAGAGGUGAGUUUGCCUUUGGGGGAUACUGUCUCUUGAUAAACAUCUGCCUUCAGCCACUCAGCUUCCUCUGAGGGAGUUGUCCUGCUCCAAUGAGGGCUUCAGGCGUUGAGCGCAAGGUGAGACAUUGGGCUUGCUGUUUUACAUCAAUGCUGCGCAGAGUCACGAUCCAUAAAUCAUCAGGAUGGUCCAGCUCCGUUCACUCAGCUAAUUAUAUUGCCAGCCCACAUUCAAUAAAGUUGUGCAAUUUUGUUGAGCAUGGUUGAACAAUGAAAUCAGGCCCAGCAUACCUGCUCCAUUUACACUUUGCAUAGGGAGCUGGGCCAAUAUGGCAGCAUGUCAAUACAUCUGUGAUGAUCAGAAUAUUCCUAUUUUUGUGCAACCUUAGAAUCCCUCCCCCACACCCCUCACUCAGUCAUAUGCACACACACACACACACACACACACACACACACA